AUGGCUCUCAAACGCUACAAGUUCUCUGUUGGGUAUGUAAGCCAUAGAUCAAGAGGACCACUUUGUGCCAGCUGUCAGUCACAGCAGUACGAUGAUGAUUGCAAUAAGAUAAAACAAUGUGGAAGAGACGAGAUAUGCUCGCUGCGGCAAAUGCUAAAUCCCGCCACUCAUGAGAUACGCUUUCAAACACAGUGCGAGGAGCGAAAAGCGUGUUUGGAUGACGUCGAACAAUUGCAAGAAAUAUUAAAACUAACUGGACGAAAAAGGGAUACAUUUGAUGUGGUAGAAAACAAUGGAUGUAUAAUACGUUGUUGUGAUGGUGACCUGUGCAACGUCAAUUGCUCGAAUGUGACAACACAUCAAGUACAAACCAAACCGUCAUUAAAUCCUCUGGUAACUGCAUCCACGUCAUUACAGACUAGCACGCCACUGGUAAUAAUCCCUACGCAUCAGUCAUCCUCAACGGUACUUGUUGGUCAAACAACAGCUACACGCUCAUCAACACAUGCCAAAACAACUGUCAAACAUCACAUACACACCUCUGACGCCAACUCUGACAUCAACACGUAG